CUAAAGCGGUGCAGUUAUAAGCGCAAAUAUCCUGAGACUUACAUAGAGCAGCAGGAACAAAAGCCAGGCGACGGUGAACAUUUGCAAUUUGAAAUCGCGCUAUUAACUGCAGUGCGGUUAUUGCAAUAAUUAAGUCGUGACAAUUUGAAUAUUAUCCAAAGUUUUUAGCAGUCAUCUGAAAACUUAUCUCGUUUUUUUUUUGCUCUAUCUCAAAAAAGGAUAAUAAAAUCGCAACGCAAUGAUGACAAAUAGAUUCGCUUGCUGCACCUUGGCAUUGAUGACCAUCUAUCUACUGGCAAUCUCGAGGACCGAUGCUGCACCCAUGCCCAGGUAUCAAAGUGCCAACGGCGGCUAUGGCGCCUACAACGAGCUCGAGGAGGUGCCGGACGACCUUUUGAUGGAGCUGAUGACACGCUUCGGUCGCACUAUAAUACGAGCACGCAACGAUUUGGAAAACUCGAAACGCACCGUGGACUUUGGAUUGGCACGCGGAUAUUCCGGCACUCAGGAGGCAAAACAUCGCAUGGGCCUGGCUGCAGCCAACUUUCCCGGCGGACCAGGUCGAAGGCGACGAUCCGAGACCGAUGCUUAAAUGGGCGAUGACUAUGACCACGAUAAUGUCUGACUUAAAACAAAAAAAAAACCGAAUUCCUUAAAAGCUACAAGAAAUUAACAACAGAUAUUGUUACGAUUGCCACUGACUUUAUUAUUCUAAUGUACAAUUUAAGGCGUUUGCCAAAACUUUUCGCAAUCAGUUGAACUAAAACCCAUUUAAUUACGUGACGAUUGAUACUUCCUCUAACGCAUUGUAUAUACAUAUUAAUUGCAAUUUCUAUGUAUAACAUACAUUCAUUAAACAAAGAGACGUAUGUUAUAUCCGAAUAUUCGCGUUUUAGUUUUAAAAAUUCCGAAAAAAAA